UCAAAAUCUUGCUAUGUCAGCGCUGAUGCCGGAUUUUCUACAAAAUACACUUGCAAAUAUUUAAUAAUUUGCGGCAAAUUAUUGUGAUUUAUUGGAUUUUUGAACUGUUAAGGCCAUGAGCGCCGUCGAGCUCAAAGAUCAGGGCAAUCGCUUGUUUGGGGCCAAGCAAUAUGACGACGCAAUUCAGUGCUACACAAAGGCGAUUAUCAAGAACUCCACAGUACCAACAUAUUUCACAAAUCGUGCACUGUGUCACCUUAAACUCAAAAAAUGGAAUCAGGCAAUUUUAGAUUGUCGACAAGCACUGGAUUUGGAUGCUAGCCUUGUUAAGGGUCAUUUCUUUCAUGGACAAGCUCUUCUGGAACAAGAGUGUUUUGAUGAAGCCGUUGCUGCUUUGAAAAGAGCUUUUGACCUAGCAAAGGAACAAAAGCUCAAUUUUGGAGAUGAUAUUGCCAGUACUUACAGGCUUGCAAAGAAAAAGAGGUUUGCAGUUGCAGAGGAGAAGAGAAUAGCUCAGGAAUCAGAACUACAGAAAUAUUUAAACAGGCUGAUACUAGAUGAUAAAGAAAGAUUAAUAAAUACUGCUUUAGAUAAAGGUGACGAAGAUGCAACAAACAUACAAAAUAUUGAACUUGAAGCUGAAAAACGAAUAUCUCAACUCAAUGAGCUUUUUACUCAGGUUGAUGACAAGCGAAAGAAAAGAGAAGUCCCUGAUGUCCUUUGUGGAAGGAUUAGCUUUGAAAUAAUGAAAGAUCCUGUGAUCACGCCAAGUGGAAUAACCUAUGAUAGAAAAGUAAUUGAAGAUCAUUUACAGCGCGUUGGCCAUUUUGAUCCUGUUACACGAACCGACCUCAAGCAAGAGCAGCUYAUCCCUAACUUAGCCCUAAAGGAAGUUAUUGACGACUUUGUCACAAAAAAUGAAUGGGUCGUGUCAGAGUAUUGACACAGAACUUUACCAUUGUAUAGUCAACUGUAGAAAGCCUCUCUUGUAGAUAUUAAAUUUCACUAGUUGAAAAAAAAGAAGCUCAAUAUAUAAUUAUCAAGUAGAAAACAAGGUCGACCAACUUGGAGUGCUAUUGUUUUGGUUUCCACCAAACUGUGCGGGAUAAAUUUGAAAUGAGAAAAAUAAUUGAAAUAUAGGUCGAUUAUGACAAUGGUCUUUCACGAUAGACCGCAGUUUGAUGAGCAAUCAGGAUUGAUUGCUGGAUGCUACGAGGAAAUUGUCUUCCUUCGACCGCGUGAAACAAGAGAAAGCUAGCUAAUAGUAGCUGUUUUCAACGUCUUUUUUUUUUCCAUUCUUUAUCAAACUAAAUAUUCGGCAUCUAUCGAUGGAAAAAUCUCGAUUUUUCACCAUCUACAAUCGUUGUCAAAAUAUCUUGAACUAUUAUUUGUCUCCAGACCAAUUUUUUUUUCCUUUAUUUUUUCACAGUUCUCCCCUUUAGCCCCCUUUCAUCAAUGUCAGAAGUACAAUAAGAUAGCAGAAAACGAUGUGACAAAGCAAGCAUCUCAUGUACUUCUGUCAAUGUUGGGUCUUGUUUCGGAUGGUUGUGAAAUUGUCUGCAGGUGUUACUUGGAAUAAGGAAAUUCGCUGGAAUUUUGCCAACKAUUGUAGUUUUAAGUUGUAGCAAGGAAGUACUCAUGCAGUGGUGGUGCUUCAAUGUUGUGGUUGAAUCCUAGAGAUAAAUACUUGACAAUAGAUGAGGUGACGGUUUUGUCCGCCAUUUUGGACCGGUAGGCAUAGUGUCGCAA